UUUUCAUCACUAGUGCGCAGGCAGGUCACGAAUCCGCAGCAGCGAGCGGAGAGAUGCUGAGAGGAAGAAGAGGAAGACUUGGAGAAAUGGACAUUUAAUAAACGUGGUCGUCCUGCAUCUGUUUUACCACAUGCCUGGGAAACGGAUACGCGUGAUAUUCGGGGUGGAGGAGCUGUCUGUGUCUGCUUAUGGAUCGUCAACGUGAUUUUAAGCGCAUUUUGCACCAUUUUUUUAACCACACCCGGCCCGGCUCCUUCUGGAUUACAGGGAUUUGCAGCUAGCGCCGCUCAUCGAGGCAGCAUAGGGCCCUAAUGUCAGGCCCGAGCCCCAACUCCUGGACUUAAGGGCAGAGACGGGAGCAGUCCAGAGUCAGGAUGAGUGCAGGACUGGAGCAGGCUGACAUCCUGUCUGCAGCCGUGUUCGUCAAGGAACGAUGGAAAGUGCUGAAGAAAAUCGGUGGCGGGGGCUUUGGGGAGAUCUACGAGGCGCUAGACCUGCUGACCCGGAGCAGCAUUGCACUUAAAGUGGAGUCAGCCCAGCAACCCAAGCAGGUGCUGAAGAUGGAGGUGGCUGUGCUGAAAAAACUACAGGGUAAGGACCAUGUGUGCCGUUUUGUGGGAUGUGGUCGCAAUGAUCGCUUCAACUAUGUUGUAAUGGAACUUCAGGGUCGUAAUUUGGCGGACUUGAGGAGGAGUAUGAACCGUGGGACAUUCACCGUCAGCACUACACUCAGACUGGGCCGGCAGAUACUGGAGGCCAUUGAGAGCAUUCAUGCGGUCGGAUUUCUGCACCGUGACAUCAAACCGUCCAAUUUUGCCAUGGGCCGCUUCCCCAGCACUUGUCGGACCUGCUAUAUGCUGGACUUUGGUUUGGCUCGCCAGUUCACAAACUCCUGCCAAGAAGUUAGACCGCCUCGUCCCGUGGCUGGAUUUAGAGGCACAGUACGAUAUGCUUCUGUCAAUGCCCACAAGAACAAGGAAAUGGGUCGACAUGAUGAUCUAUGGUCUCUGUUCUACAUGCUGGUAGAGUUCUUGGUUGGCCAGUUGCCUUGGAGGAAGAUCAAAGAUAAAGAGCACGUGGGGAAGCUGAAGGAGACAUAUGACCAUCGGCUCAUGCUGAAGCAUUUGCCCCCUGAGUUCAGUGUCUUCCUGGAACACAUUAGCAGCUUAGAUUACUUUACCAAACCGGACUAUCAGCUUUUGAUGACUGUUUUUGAGAACAGUAUGAAAACCUAUAAUGUGGUGGAGAAUGACCCAUACGACUGGGAGAGAACAGGCACGGAUGGUUCCCUGAGCUUAAACACAGCAGUCAACACACCUCAGCAUUAUACACGCCUCACACCCGCUCAAAUGGGCAUGGCCAAUGCCUCUCUGGUGCAUGGAGAUCUUCAGAAGGAGAACACGGAUGAAGUCCUACAGGACGAGCAGCUGAGUGACGGAGACAACAACGCUGCCCCAGAGCGUCUGCCAGAUUCUCCAAACCUGCCAGUGAGAAACCAGGAAGUCGAUGUGUGGGAGGAUUUGAACCGCAAUCGUAUCCGCCACACUGGUUGGAAGGGACCCACUGAAGAGGAACACAGUAACCAGGGCUGUCCGAGUCCGCACGGCGGUCCCAGCUUGGGCUCUCCUGUACGGGUGCGUUCUGAGGUGACCCCCUCAGACAGAGAUGCUCCUCUUUUAAGAAAACUGCGUAACAUCCACAGCUUUGAGCUGGAGAAGAGGCUAACCCUAGAGACCAAGCCCAGCACAGAGCGUUUUGUAGAGGCAUGUGCAGGGAAGCAGUUACCCGGGUCAGCACCAGAGAAGGAGAGCGUUGUGGGUGGGGUUCCACCAUCUGUACCUGCUACUGCUAUUAAAGGCGAGCGAGUGUGGCACUAUGAUGAGGAACUUCUUUCCUCGCCUAAACCCGCCUCCCCGGGCUCUCCGGAGCAAGGUGACGGAGCAGCCAGCAGUGGUUUUGUGGCUCUGAACCUCAGUUCAGGCCGACAGGAUGUGGAUUCACGGGAUUGGGUGAUGGUGGAUCGCGCUUCUGAGCUGCAGGACUUUCGCGAGGGGGGCGGCAGCAGCCCUGGACCUGAGGCCAAACUAACCAGCAGCCCCUCAGAGGAGCCAGAGGAGGAACCUGAGGUACUGCAGCCAAUGGAUGAGUCUCCGGAUAAGGACAAGACCACCCCCAGCCUCGGCCAGGCCCCUGUGGUAACUUCACUGGCACCUCCCAGAGUGGAGGGGCUGGAACUGAGCGUGGGGCCUGCAGGCGGCCUGCCCCCGGUCACCCCCACCAGCCCUGCUGAAGCACUGGCGGAGGGAGCACUCACACAGUUUCCCACCUCCCCCCCGUCUUUACCGGAGGAGGUGCUGGUCCGGACCGGCAGCCCAUUGCUCCUGCGCUCCCCCAGUCCUCACACCGCCCCCACCACGCUGUCGGACCCCCUGCAGCAGCGCUCUCUACCGGCCUUGCGCCGCAGCCAGUCCGCAGACCACCACCACCCUUCCUCUUCCUCCUCCUCGUGCCACGCCUCUCAGCCCCAUGCUGCCCGCUCUCCCGGCCACAGGAAGCUGCCGGCCAUCCCGCCAGGUGCCGCACAUGCCAAGUUCCCUUCAGUCAUACGCAUCACCCGCGCCCAGCUGCAGCAGCUGACAGCUCAGCGUCCCUCUGGGCUCUCCUCCCAGUCUGACAGCGCGCCACAGUGCCCUCUGCAGGAGAAGCGUGAUAAUGCAGAUGCUUUGCCACAGGACAUUAUGGCAGAUGUCCACUCCCCUCAGGAGCAGCUUCCUCUGCAUCCUGCCAGCCCCUCCGGUGCUGGGGCACAGCCACUGACAAAUGGGGACAAAGCUCCACAAGUGCCCAGCCCAGUGCCAAGCCUGGAAACACCACCCCACUCUCCCCGAAGCCCAGUGCUGAUCAAUGCGGCCACUACUGACGGCCCCCAGAAUGGGCCACUUUGUGAGGUGAAGGACCCUGACAGGGACUCUGGCUGCCCGGAUGGCUCCAUGGAGCGCAAUCAGUUAAUGCUUCUGGAAGAGAAUGGAUCCAAGCCCCCUGCCCAAAGCUCCAGCCCUGCUCCCAGUCGCCGGCACAGCCGCAUUCCUGUGCUGGAGCCCUCCAGCCUUCUGCAGGAUGUGACUCCAGGCUCUGCUAAAGAGAAGCUGUUGCAGAAGAGAGCCCAACACUUACCUGCCUCUCCAUGUGCCUCGCCAUCGCUCUCCUCCGACAGGCGGGCCAUCCUUGCAAACGUCCAGCGUGACCCUCUUUCCUCUGCGUCUGACCGCUCGCAGGAUGACGAGUCCUUCCUCGGCUCUCGAUCAGACCGUCAGGGUGAUGACGCCCCGUCACUGUCCUCCUCUUCCAGUCCGUUGUCCCGCAAGAGUAAGAUACCCCGGCCCGUGAACCCUGUGACUUCCCAGGAGGCGCUGGCAGCCCAGUUCAUGCCCCGUCCUCCGCCUGGCAAACCCAACCGUACUGUUGUGGAUGGCAGGUUCCGGAGGUACCGGUUCCGCACAGGCAGCACCAGUGACUCGGACCUGCUGACUUGUCUUGCGCAGCUGAUGCAGAAUGGCUCGGGACGUGCCUCCUCCCCCCACAGCCGUGGCGCUCAGCCCACAGGCCCCAGGGUGGUGUGUGUUGGUACCUCAGCAGCUUCCCACCACCAUCAUCAUCACCACCACCAUCACCACCACCACCAACGCAGUUCCAGCGCCUCACCCCGCAGCUGCUCAUCCCUGCAGCGCUCCGGCAGCUCUUCGCCAUCUCGCCACGAGCCCCGUCCCACCUGUGCAGGGCGCAGCCGCUCGCCCCCCAGCUGCUCCGGCUCUACAUCCACACGUCGCUCACACAAUCACACACCCUUGCACUCGCCCCGAGCCAAAGCUUGCGGCCGUGAGUCCAAGUGUUCCAGCAAGCUAAGUAGAUACUCACACAGCACUCCUAGGAUAUGAAGAUUCAUCCUUUAUUCAUGAUUGGAAAGGUUUGUGAAGGAUUUAGCCUGGUGGGGAGUUUUGAUUCUACCUUUUCCGCUCAAAUGCUUUGAUUACAGUUGAAAACAAAAUCAAGCGCUACCAGCUAGAGGACUUUUAUUUUGAUGACAUGCCCAGUCAAAUUUGAUAAAUUUCAUAGCAUAAAUAUGCAUUGAUCUGGCUGAUUUAUUACUUUUUACAGUAGUGUUAGUUUGAUGGGCUUUUAUUAUUAUUUUUUUUUAUUUUAGAUUACAGUACAACAUACUGUCAUACUAUUAUUGCCCAUAAUUGAGUCUUUUUGAGGUUACGUAACCGCUUAUUACAGUUUGUGGCAGGUGAUUCUUUUGUCAUGCAUAGGCCUGUCAUAAUAACUGUUUUUUUUUUACUGGAUAAUAUUGUCUUGUAAGAUCAUUUAAUGCCACUGAUAUAUGAUAAUAUAACAGCAUACUUAUGGAAUUAAACCCCUUUAAAAGAUAAGUUAACAUUAUUAAUUAAUAAUAAUCUAAAAAAAACUUUUUUUCUCCACCUACUGGAGUCUUCUGAGUUUAUUUAGGUGCCAUUAUUGAUGCACUGGUCAUUAUGCGAAGUUCAUAAACAAACAGAGUAAAGUAAAGUAAACACAACGGAAGAUGUAUUGUGAGGUGAGCUGUAUUGAGGUCAUGUCCAUAUAUUGUAUGAUAAAUCGAUAAUAUAAAUAUCAUGACAGGCCUAGGUGUGCAGUUCGCACAGUGCUGAUUGGUGAGGUUAUAGGUUUCAUUCCUUGUUGACUACAGUAAAGUUAGUGCAAAACUAAUGUACCUCACUUAAAUUACAGGUUUCCUGUGAUCUGUCCUGUCCUGGAGUACUCUCUCCCCUACACACUUUCACUACUCCAACACACUUUUAUUAUGAGAAUAGGAUUAGCAUUAAAUCUUAUGCAGGACUUAAAUUUGGAUCAUGUUGCACUGGUAAACAUAUGUAACCUUUAAAAUAUUGUUUUUUUUUCUGUGGUGUGCUUGCCCAGCUGGAGAAUUGAACCCCAGACUACUUACAUAAAAAGUGGUGAUGUUACCCACUAUGCUCCCAUCAGCCACAUUUAGCUCAGGAAAAUUUGGAUCAGGAUCCAGUUUCCCAAUAGCACCUUCUUGUUAGGGUAUUUUUGACUGGUUGAUGUCAAGUUGUGAAAGCUGAAAAUAUAGUAAUCUAGUUAAAAUAAUUUAACACGUAAUUGCUGUUCAGUGUAGAACUAAGAGCUAUAUAUAGACAAUAUAAAAAUGUUUUUAUUGUUAAUGUGAUUGUUUUAAAGUUUUGAUGCAGCUACAGAGAAAGCUCUUCUUUAUAGUUUAUCCACAUGAUGGUUUAAAACUUUCUAAAGCCACUAAUUAAAUUUUGUCAUCAAUUUUGUAUUCUGCAGUUUACCAGUGCCGUUAAGUUGGUAUGUGUGUGUUGCUCUCACAACCAUUUAGGGAUCCUCUUUCUGCAAAGAUGUUUUUGCAAAACCCAGGCUUAAUUGGCUGGAUUGUUUGUUUUGGAGCAGCAAAAUCCAAAAUCUACACAAGAGUGGAGUCCUCCAGGACCAGAGAGAGGUGGGAACCACUUCUUUAAACAAAUGAUGCCCUCUUAGAUUUCUCAUCACAUAUUUUUAUAAAAUUGUAAAUUUUACUCAGUUCAUCUAUUCCAGUCACUGGCCUUCUCGUUUCCUCACUAUCUAUCUCUACUUGUGAGAUACUGUUAUAUAAGCACCUUCUGCUUCAUAUACUACUCUCUGCAUGUGCUCCACUAAAGCAAAAACACUAUGAACACUCGAACGCAGCUACAUUAACUUUCAUAAGCUUAAAGAGUCGUACUGUCAUCUUGUACUGUAAAUAGGGUCAUUCAGAUUGAAGGUUUAUGCUUAUGUUUAUGGUUAGACAUCAUGUCUAAUGUAUAUCUGAUCUGUUUUCUGUUUCAUUCUUAACCUCUUAUUUUAGAGUAUUUACAUAACCAAGGAGGUGUAAUUGAUAUAUAUAUAUGUAUAUUCCUGAUGUCCCAUAAAAAAAAACUUUACGGGACACCAACAAUACCCUUUUUUUUUGCAUUUUUCACUUUUUGACGUAAUUGACAAUAAUUUGAAGCAAAAUUGUUAAAAAAAAUUAUUGACUAAUAGAAAAGCGCUAAACUAAUCCUCCUGGAAAAUUGCAAUUUUGGAGAUUUUUAGUUUAUGGGUGACAGUGAAGAAAUACAUAUACGUAUGUAAUCAUCAGUCUUAGGAUGUACUGGUAAAGUGUAAUCUCUACGCAACCAUACCUUUAAUGACUAUUCAGUGUGCAAUGUGCAGAUUACAAAAGACUAAAUUGUCUUAUAUUUCUUGUGUAGCUGGGCAGUUUUUUCCUAUCUGUCCCAAAAGCAGCUAAACCCCCCACUCUGCAUUAAGACUCUGUCCAGCCAGAUAGUCGCCUUAAUAAGUGUGUGCAUGUCUCCCCAUGGGGGGUGGGGGUGACUGGACAGUGUAUUUUUAAAGGGACCAGUUCCAUCAGAAACCCAGUCUGUGGCCAAAGGAGAUUACACACUAACAGCUCUAGCACUGAGUUACUAUUUUUGAUCCAGUGGGCUUUAUGUGGUCAGCUGUCCUCAAGAGAAAUACCAUAUUCUAUAAAGUGCACAAACUGGAGGAAGUUGCUUUAGAGUCAUUGUUGAGGUUUUCACUAAGUAUUCUGGAUAAGAACACUUUUAGCAAUUCAUAGCACAUAAGGAGAGUCAGUGCUGUUGUAUUAAGCCUCAGUUCAUGCCUGAGCAUUCCAUAGAGACAUGCAACCUCUCUAAAUGAUAUGUACUAUGCUAAGAGUCUUAUUUUUAUCCACUUAUUUUGGGGUUUCUUUUUCCAAAGGACCAAUCUGAGCUUCCGUGAACCCUUUAACAGCUAUUUAUUGCAGUGAAUUAUUAUUAACAUUUGUUUAGAUUUAUGGUAUAAAAUUGAAAUGAAAAUCUAUUUUACUUUUAAAAAACAGCAUGAGAACAUUGUGCCCCUGUCUAAGAAGGUGGUAAGAAUAAGAAAACCCUUUACUUGCAGUAGAAACUGAUACUCUAGUGCUUCAUAUUUCUGUGGGUGAGUCUGCUCUUCUGGCAGUUACCUUAUUUCUUCUCCGGCAGUCUGCAUUUGUUACUAUAUAAAGUCUCAGUCACAAGGCAUAAGAUACUUAUCUGUACACCACUGCUUCUGCACCCACGGCAUCAGCUGUCUGUUUCAUCUGAACUUCAUCUGACCUCGCAUCGUCUCCCCUGAACCUGAAAUGAAUUGAAGUGUGUUAAACGAAUGUUUCUGUGGGCCAGGUCCUCUAUUACUGACAAGUGACAAUGUUUAAUGAUCUGUUGUAAUAUCUUUUGAUUAUAGUUUUCCUUAAAAUGAAUCAUUAAAGAUGUUAAUUUUCCACUUCUGUUUUAUUAUCCAGGUCACAAUGUUGCAGAAUUGAAGCAUUAUUGUACAGCCUCAAAAACAAAGAAUGUUAAAUAGGGAGAGACUCCAUUGUACAUUACUGUAAUUAUUUGUGUUCUUUUUCAUUUGUAUCAUAUCAAUGCCUUGUACAGUGUUGUUUUGUUUUUUUCUUUUGAAAUUGUUUUGUAUUUUAUUUUUAUAAACUGGUUAUGAAUAAAAUAUUCAUUCAGCAUGCCAACAGAUCUGACCCUA